AGUUCCGGUUCCGUCACUCAGACACGUGAAGGUCGGCGAGUAGGUUGUGUGCUGCUCCCUUCGGCCCGCGUGGUCGCGCCGGGAUGGAUUCCUCCGCCGCCUCUUCGGGCACGGGUUUGGGCGCCGUGGACCCUCAGCUGCAGCAUUUCAUCGAGGUGGAGACGCAGAAACAGCGCUUCCAGCAGCUGGUGCAUCAGAUGACGGAACUUUGCUGGGAGAAGUGCAUGGAUAAGCCUGGGCCAAAGUUGGACAGUCGGGCUGAGGCCUGUUUUGUGAACUGCGUUGAGCGCUUCAUUGAUACAAGCCAAUUCAUCUUGAACCGACUGGAGCAGACCCAGAAGUCCAAACCUGUCUUCUCAGAAAGCCUUUCUGACUGAUCUCAGCAUUACCUCUUUGGAAAAGUAGUUCAAGAAAUGAAGAGCUGUUGAUGGGAUGGUUGAAGAAAUGGCUGUGGGUGGGAUUGACUCCCAGUUUGUUUUAUCAUCUUGGGACAUCUUGUCACCUGAGAAUGAACAAAGACCGAUUUUUAUGUAUGGAAGUUGAGAGUCAUGCAUAUUUGGUUGUGUUCGUAAA